AUGGCAUCUUCAUUUUCUUUUUCUCUCUCUUAUCUCUCUCUUAUUCUCUUUUUUCUUUCUUUUUUUCUUUUUCUCUCUUUUUUCUUUCUUUUUCUCUCUUUUUUCUUUUUCUUUUUCUCUCUCUUUUUUCUUUUUCUUUUUCUCCUCUUUCUCUCUUUUUCUUUUUCUCCUCUUUCUCUCUUUUUCUUUCUUUUUUCCUCUUUCUCUCUUUUUCUUUCUUUUUUCCUCUUUCUCUCUUUCUUUCUCUUUUCUCUCUCUUUAUCCCUUUUCUCUCUUUUUUCUUUUUCUCCACUUUCUUUGUCUUUCUUUUUUCCUUUUCUCAUUUUCUUUCUCUUUUUCUCUCUUCUCUCUUUUUCUCUUCUUUCUCUCUUUCUUCUUUCUUUUUUCCUUUUCUCUCUUUUUCUUUCUCGUUUUCUUUUUCCUUUUUCUGCUCUUCUUUCUUUUUCUCCUCUUUCUCUCUUUUUAUUUUCUUUCUCUUAA